UUAGUUUAUAAAUAGUAGGUGGAGGACUAUUUGAACUUUUUCUGUGAAUGAAGACUUGGUGACUAUUAGAACUAUUACUUUAAACUUAAGCAGUGAAAUUGUAAAUGUCCCAGUACAACAAAUUCAUAAACAACAGUGACAUACGUUUAGAAGAUCAAGAGCCAGGUAUGUCUACCCCUUCUUCUUCUGCUGAUCAUACAGACGGUAAUUAUCAUAGCCGUGAGGAUUAUGGGCCUUAUGGUAAAAUGGCUCCCUUUAGUUCAGCUAUUGUUCCAGUAGGCGGACAACAGUCAGAUGAUGGUGGAAGCAUUGGAUGCUGUGGUUAUAUCUUGUAUGGCUUCUCCAUUCUUGUUAUUGUUUUAUUCUUUCCCUUUUCACUCUGUCUCACCAUAAAGGUUGUACAAGAAUAUGAAAGAGCUGUUAUGUUCAGAUUGGGUCGGUUAUUAGCAGGAGGUGCUAGAGGACCAGGUCUGUUUUUUGUUAUACCAUGUAUAGACUCUUAUACGAAGGUUGAUUUAAGAACGGUUUCUUUUGAUGUACCACCCCAAGAGGUAUUGACAAGAGAUUCAGUAACAGUAGCUGUUGAUGCUGUGGUUUAUUAUCGUGUCCAGAAUGCCACCAUGUCCAUUACAAACGUAGAGGAUGCCAACAGAUCAACAAGAUUACUGGCAGCUACCACUCUCCGAAAUGUUCUUGGUACCAAAAACUUGGCAGAAAUUCUCUCGGAAAGAGAAUCUAUCAGUCAUAAUAUGCAGUCCUGUCUAGACGUUUGUACUGAUCCUUGGGGAAUUCGUGUUGAACGGGUCGAGAUUAAAGAUGUUCGUCUGCCAGUACAGUUACAAAGAGCUAUGGCUGCUGAAGCCGAGGCAUCCAGGGAAGCUAGAGCAAAGGUGAUUGCAGCUGAAGGAGAACAGAAAGCCUCCAAGGCCUUGAAAGAAGCAGCCGAUGUAAUGUCUGAAUCGCCUGCUGCCCUUCAACUUCGUUAUCUUCAAACGUUGAACUCAAUAUCAGCGGAGAAAAAUUCCACGAUCAUUUUCCCUUUGCCUAUUGACUUACUCAACACUUUCAUGCAUAAAGGCAGCGGUCAGAAAACAUCGUUCUAAACAUCCGAGGUAGUUUCAGGUGUCGAUGUGUUUUCUCAUUGGUUAAUAUUUAGCGCAUACAAUUUUAAAAUAAAUUUGUUUAUAAUUUGACAAAAAUACAGCCGACGGCGAUUAUAUUAGAUACAAAGUACAAAUUGAAUUAUAUGGUGGUUUAAGUUUCAAGAUACGAAAAUAUUAACCAAUCAGAACUCGUCUUCAACUGUUUCGACUGUGCUGCAUAGCAGCUUACCUUGCCUUAAAUUUAAUUCAUGCAUUGAAGACACUUACAAUACAAACAGUUGUCAAUAUUAUAAAAAUAAAUUGAGAGUUUACACCAGGUCUCUUGUUUUAAACAUAUUUGCCAGUCUUGUACACCAGGUCUCUUGUUUUAAACAUAUUUGCCAGUCUUGACAGACCAGCACUGAAAUUGACUGUCAGGAGAAGAACUUAAUUGUCAGACAAAGUGCAGACCAUAAAAUUAGAAUUUCAAAGAAUUUAACUUUAAAACAUAGCUAAAUUUAUAGUUUGUGUGAAAAAAAAAACCUUGGAUAAUGAUAACAAUGUCAAAUACUUUGAAAAACUAUCUAUGUAAUCUGAGGCAAACAAAUUCAUUAACACUUGACAGACUGGAAAAAUUUUGAAGUGAAAGUCCUGGUUUCACAUGUAAACAUCGAUUGGGAAUUCUGGAUCAUAUUUUUUUUUUCCAUUAUUAAUAAGCAAGGAAAUUUCAUGAAGACAAAUUAAUUUGGAGAACGUUAAAUGUUUUUGAUGAAAAGAUGCCUUGUUCAGUUUUCCAUUGUAAAAGUUUAAUGUUGUCAUAUUUGUUUUCAGGGAUGUAGAAAUUUAGCAUAAAAUUUCUGAAAUAAAAUAUUUAGAUUUUCAACCAAGUUUCAAAGUAGGACUGUUUAAUGAAGUAAUCUGCUUUUUUUUUUUUUUUGGAGUUUGUCUAUAUCCCUGCUGUAUUAUAAAAAUGUUUCAUUGCCUCUAUACAUAUUUUUGAAUUUUUAAUCUUUGUAUCAUAAUAUCAUCAAAUCUGUUAUGUUGAUGUUUUUGCAUAAUGCCGAAGAUCAAUGGAUGACAAGAGAAGACCCCUGCAAAAAAAACGCCCUCGUUUAUUGCAUACAGUAACCUCAAUAUUAUCAAUCAACAUAUUUAUAUGAACCCUAGACAGACGUAAUUAUUGAGGAAAAAAUGUCUACUUGAUCGGAUGAUACGGAAAAAACCAACCCAAUUUAAAGAAGCCCCGAUAGUUUAAAAUCAAAAUACCAGUAGUCGGUAGGUUGGUGAAGAAACCCCAUUUCAGUUUACAUCUCACUUAAUUAAUCGAAAUUCAAACACUGACCGAGCAGAGAUUACGAUAAACUUCUUAAGAACCACUUAAUAAUUUGCAGCAUUAUUUUCGGUCUUACUCCAUUCUUGUCAUCCACUGAUCUGAUUCUAUUUUUAAUUCAAAGUUAGGAAAUUCUGUGUUUGUUUUAUAUUUAUUAUAAACGGUUUGCUGUAAAAAAAAAUAUAUAACUUUAUAUAAAUUUAUGUGUAUCGUCUUUCAGUUACGGUUAAUUUAAAAUGUAAUCUUUAACAUAUGAGUAGAUGUUUUAAAGGGACAAUUACACUCUUGCUGGCUUGAAAGUUCCAGAAAAUAAAUAAUAUCUCUAUCUAAGUACUAGAUGUUUAAGUGUCCUACCUGUUGUAUAAAUUAUCCAUUACAUCCUAUUUUACUUGUCCAGAGGGUUCGAAAAUGUUUUUAAAUCGAAGUUCCAUUUGAAAAGGUUUAUGUUAGACGUUUCAAACCAUUAUGUUGAAUUUUUCAAAAUUUUUAAAUAAGGUGUGUUAAGAUGAAAUUUGUAUCAUCAAUUAAUUGAAAUAUUCUAAAAUAGUACAAUUUGUUGACCAGAAUAAAGAUUGGGACAUAUUAUUCAGUUACAACAAGAGUGGUAUUGAGCCUUUAAGGUAUAGUUAUAAUCAAAUAAUCUUUUAGAAUUCUUAAAAGAAAUAAACUAACAUAAAAAAUAAUAGAAAUGCAUUGUUUUAGAUGAUAUCUAUUCUAUUAAUAUACAAAAAAAUGUUUUGAACCAAAACAAAUACCAAAGGUCUGUGACUGAUAGUCGAUGGUCAGGGAUUGACAUUAAUUGUAUGAAACUCACUACAUCUAGUAGAUUUGCAUUAUUAGAUAUUAGUUAUAUAAUGAUUAUUACCAUAUUCAACCCAAUAAACAACCAUUCUCUUCACACUUUUCUUCGAAUGUCAGGGCAAGUCAUCGUUUGAUUAAUCAUGAAUUUUGUCAGUUUUACUUGACUUUUUCCCACUUGCAACAGAAAAAGUUGUGUGCUAUUAUAAAUGUCAAAAAGAUAAUUUAUAAGUGCGGUUCCCUGAUAUAUCGAUGAAAAUUGGUUUUGCUUGAUCAAGUAGGAUGUUAAACCCCAUUUCAUUUCAAUGGAUAGAUAUUACAGCCGAUGAAGUACAGGUGAGAAUCAGGCUUUAGUUUUCUACACAGGCCGAUAACUAGGGGGGCGGGGGCGCAGGGGGUGAACAAAUUGUCGACCAUUAAGAAAAUAGACAUACAUUGUCCAUAAUUUUACCGCACCCCUGAGCUAUUUACGCCCCGUUUAUACACACGGUCUAUUGAUAAAAUAUUUAGUGUAGAGUUCUUAUUGAGUUGAAUAUGGUAUUUUGUAAAAAUGUUUAUAUUAUUGUUACAAUUCCUCCUUUUUAUUAUAAUGUUAUAUGUUUAACUGUUUUGUACUUGAUAAUAAUUUUAUUUUAUUUUUUUGAUUUACUAAUUAGAUCAUUAUCUAUAUUUUACUGACAAAAUGGAUUCCUUUUCUUUUCAAUAGAUCAUAGAUUAUUAUUUAACAUUAUGAAUUCUUUACUUUCAUAGUUUAUCAAUACAAAAAAAAAGAAAAUUCUAUUUAGAAAAACAAAAGUUUUUUGGGUUUUUUUAGAAAUUACUUUUACAUGCAGCAGACUACAAAUGUUUGAAAACAAUCAAUAAAAAUAUAAUUCUAUUUAGAAAAACAAAAGUUUUUUUUUUAGAAAUUACUUUUACAUGCAGCAGACUACAUAUGUUUGAAAAUAAUCAAUAAAAAUAUCAAAAUGUAUAAGAUGUAUGACAAAAAUGAAAGAUGUCACCCAUGGCCUUUGAAGCGUCUUCAUUAACCCACUUGGUGAAGAAAAACAAGACGUUAAGUUCAAUUUUAUUUCAUUCGACUUUUCAAAGUAACAAUAGUUUUCUAUAACACAAGUAAGUCUGAAAGCGGACAAUUCAUACUCUUGAACAUUUCCAUUCAACUUUCAAGUGUGUAUUUUAUUCAAAUAAAUUUUUGUGUAUGACUUGCUCAACAGGUAAUAAAUAACAUAACUUAACUACGAAAAUGAUUGUUUCUCUAUUCUUGUUUGUCUAACUUUUCUGAAUAAAAUGUUUCUCAAUA